GACAGGGGGCAGUAAUGCACCGUCACAGUCGAAGAAGAAAAAAGUGUCUCGUUCACCCUGCUGGGCCGCGUCGCAUUUUUGGGGCUCUUGAUACCGGUGUGAAGUAGGACACUUGAAUCCAACUGUUCAAUUACGGAACGAAAUGCCUAAGAAAGGGAAAGAAGAACCAGUGUGGGUAGGCGAUGAAGAUCCCCCGACAACAGAAAAAGCUGUGAAAAAAGGGAAGAGAGAUAAAAAGGCGAAAAAAAGUUUUUUUGAGGAAAUCCAGACAGAGGACAGGCCUGAAAAGGAAGCUGAGUUGCCUGUGAAGGAUACCAAACAGCCUCAUAAAAAGAAAAAGGACCGCCGCAAAGGAAAAGGUGCAGAUGCGGACAACGACAGUGACGAAGAUGUCAUGCUGAAGCUGAAAAAGCUCUCGGUACAAGCUAGUGAUGAGGAAGACGAGCACGUUGUGGCCCCCAAGAAAGGAAACAAGAAGAACAAGGGUGCGAACAUUUUCGCAGCUCUCAGCCAGGGAAUGAGUGAUGAGGAAGACAGCUGUGAUUUGGAUGAGGAAGUCGAACGGGUAAAAAAGAUGCCAGAGAAUGAUGAGGAUGAGAAGACGCAGGACAAAAUGAAAGCGAUUAAAAAGACGGCCGCUGAGGAAUCGCGCCGCAAAGACGACGAGGGAGACAAGAGUGACGCAGACGAUAUGAUGAUGAGUGCUGAAGAUGUCAUCGCAGAGCAGGCCAAACCGCAACAAGGUGACAACGACGACCCCUUUUCGAACCUGAGCAAAAAGGAGAAGAAGAAGAAGAAAAAACUGAUGGAGUAUGAGCGUCAGGUGGCAAGCCUCCGGGCCCAGAAUGACUUGGAGGGAGAUUUCUCCAUUUCCCAAGCCGAAAUGUCCUCCAGACAGGCCAUGCUUGAGAACGCUUCUGAUAUCAAGCUGGAAAGGUUCAGCAUUUCUGCCCACGGCAAAGAGCUUUUUGUCAACGCCGACCUCCUCAUCGUGGCAGGAAGAAGAUAUGGUUUGGUUGGACCAAAUGGCAAAGGGAAGACCACAUUACUGAAGCACAUAGCCAACAGAGCUCUGAGCAUUCCGCCCAACAUCGACGUGCUGCUUUGUGAGCAAGAGGUGGUGGCUGACGACACGCCGGCAGUCCAGGCGGUGCUGAAGGCCGACACGCGCCGCCUUAAGCUGCUGCAGGAGGAGAAGCAGCUUCAGGCUCGCCUGGAGACGGGAGAGGACAGCGUGGCGGACAGACUAGACAAGGUUUAUGAAGAGCUGAGGGCGAUCGGAGCUGCGGCGGCCGAGGCCAAGGCGAGACGAAUAUUGGCCGGCCUGUCAUUCACCCCCGAGAUGCAGAACCGAGCCACCAAAAGGUUCUCGGGCGGUUGGAGGAUGAGAGUUUCGCUUGCCAGGGCUCUGUUCAUGGAACCCACCUUACUGAUGCUUGAUGAACCCACCAACCACCUGGACCUGAAUGCUGUCAUCUGGCUCAACAACUACCUUCAAGGCUGGAAGAAGACUCUGCUGGUCGUUUCCCACGACCAGAGUUUCCUUGACGACGUGUGUACCGACAUCAUGCACUUAGACAACCAGAAACUCUACUAUUACAGAGGCAACUACUUGACCUUCAAAAAAAUGUACGUCCAGAAGCAAAAGGAGCUCCAGAAACAGUACGACAAGCAGGAGAAGAAACUGAAGGACCUGAAGGCCGGUGGCAAGUCCACCAAACAGGCCGAGAAGCAGACGAAAGAAGCGCUGACGAGAAAACAACAGAAAGGCAAGAAGAAGGGAGGGCAGGAGGAGGAGAGCCAAGAGAGCACGGAGCUGCUCAAGAGGCCCAAAGAGUACACCGUCAAAUUCACCUUUCCGAACCCCCCUCCUCUUUCGCCGCCCAUUCUGGGCCUGCACAGUGUUGAUUUCUGCUACGAGGGUCAGAAGCCACUCUUUAAGAAUGUGGACUUUGGAAUUGACUUGGAAUCCAGAAUUUGCAUCGUUGGCCCGAAUGGUGUCGGCAAGAGUACGUUGCUGUUGCUGCUCAACGGGAAACUCCAUCCUACCAAAGGCGAGAUGAGGAAGAAUCAUCGAUUGAAAAUCGGCUUUUUCAACCAGCAGUACGCCGAUCAGUUGAACAUGGAGGAGAACCCCACCGAGUACCUGAUGAGGAACUUCAACCUCCCCUACCAGGACGGCAGGAAGUGUCUGGGGCGUUUUGGCCUGGAGAGCCACGCGCACACCAUUCAGAUCUCCAAGCUGUCCGGCGGUCAAAAAGCAAGAGUUGUGUUUGCUGAACUUUCCUGCCGCCAGCCGGAUGUACUCAUUUUGGAUGAACCCACGAACAAUCUGGAUAUCGAGUCCAUUGAUGCAUUGUCCGAAGCCAUCAAUGAAUACAAAGGAGCUGUGAUCAUAGUGAGUCACGAUGCCCGGCUCAUCACGGAAACUCAGUGCCAGCUGUGGGUGGUGGAGGAUUGCUCGGUCAAUCAGAUCGACGGCGACUUCGACGAAUACAAGCGGGAAGUUCUGGAGUCCCUCGGCGAGACCGUAGUCAAUAAGGUGAACCCAUGAUUCUGCGGAGCGGUGAUGGGAGGAACAUGUCACGACGCCAAAGUCCCGCUGGACUGGUUUUGUAGCUUUUUUUUUCUUCCUGGACUGUAUUCUGUCUGCAUAAUGACCAGGUCAUGGGGUGCAAACACUGUCAUCCAAUCGUAUCAAUCCAGCCGCUGAAACACUUUAUAAUGUUGUUAAGAAAGCGAUAAGAUAAAGUCAUUUUCCACCUC